AUGAAGUCUCACGUUUUUCUCACCUUAAGCGCCGGCCUCACCCAGGUCCUGGCCGCGCCCUACAUCGAGAGAUCUACCCGUGAGCUCACUGGCCACAAAACCAUCACUACCACAGCCAGCGCGGAGUUCCACAUCGAUGGCUUGCCGGGUAUUCCUAAGCCCAUUUUCUCGACUGAUACUCACCAGGGGCACGCUCAUGCCACUGAGACUGCCGCCGCGGCUGUGCCUACAGGCGGUUACGGCGCCAGCAACACCGCGACCGAGUCCGACUCCGAGACUGAGAGCAUCGUGACCGAGGUCGAGACCGACAUCAAAAGCGUUACCAUCGCGGCCUCCGCCGAUGCCAUCACGGCUUCUGUCUUCACCAACUCAGCCGCCGCCUUCGUCCCCAAAGCCACCAUCACCGUCACCCCGGUUGUUGUCACCGUCUCUGCCGAUCAUAUUAGCCACAGCAGCACUUACGGUGAAACCUCAAGCAACCUCGUCCGCCCCCGUGGUCUCCAGGUUGAGCAGCAGGCUGCCCCCGAGAAGCAGUACACCACCUUGACCUUCACUUUCGGCACCAUGGCCACUACCUACACCCUGUUGCUCCCCAACAGCGGUGACGUCACCGACACUCCUGCUCCCGUCAUCCGUCCCACGCGUAGCUACCCGCUUGCUCCUCCCUCCGGAACCUGGACCGAGCAGAACACGAUGGUCACCAGCACCAUCCUCGGCGUCCACCGUCGCUCUGCUCCCUCUUCCCCCGUCUCGCCCAUCGAGACCAGCGUCUCCAUCGCCCCAGGUUAUCACGUCCUCCCCAUUCCCGCUCCCGCCCCGAAUCCGCUGGAGGAGGCCGCCCUCAGCGUGACCACCCCCGCCCCGUCCAUGCCUCGUCCCAAGGAGCAAGUCCGCACUACCAUCCUCAACGGUGGCGAGGGUGCUGUCGAGCGCAUCUCCAAGGUUGGCAAAGGCGUUCAGGCCAAGCAUCUCGAGCACGAGGGCGUUCAGGCCGGCAAGCAGAACGAUGCCAACGAUGAGCCCGAGUCUACCCAUGACUUGUCGUGGUACUUCACUGCGAGCUAUACCGAUGACUCUGUCACGCUGACGAUGCAGCCUUGUUAUUACGAUUGGCAGUGUUGGCCGGAGCCGAGCUCCUCGAACACGGAGGUUUUUUUGCCGGGUGUUGAUGGCGGUAGGGUGGCUGUCCCGACUCAGAUUUGA